AUGCCCGAAGAAGAAUAUCAAAAACAGGUUCAAUCUCUUAUCACAAAAAAAUUAGAAAAACCAAAGAAUUUAUAUCAAGAAAUUCGUCGACAUUGGAAUCAUAUUGAUUCCGGAUAUUAUGACUUUGAUCAAGCAGAAUUACGUACAAUCACAAAACUUGAAUUACUUGACUUUUAUAAACAAUUAAUUCAUCCAUCUUCACCAAUACAAAAAAAAUUAUCAGUUCACCUUAGAUCUCAAAAAUCCAUUAAAAAACCAAAACCAAUUGAUAUUAAUCAUAUUUAUUCAUGUUUAUCAAUUCAAGGUUUUAAUACAAUAACAAUUGAAAGUUUACAAACAUUUUUAUCAUCAAAAGAAAUUAUGGAUGGACAAGAAUUAGAAAUUUUAUUAAAACAAUUCUUAAUAGAUCAAAGUCAAACUCAAGAAGAAAAAAUUGAAGAGUUAAUUAAAAAUGUUGGAGAAACUUAUUUAAAUGAAAAUAUUAUAAAUGAAGAAGAAAAAGUUGAUUCAACAAAUAUAAUUUUACCAAAUCUUAGACCAGAAAAUGAAUUAAUUGAAGAUAUUACUAUUUGGAAGAGUAAUAUGCAAUUGGGUCCUGCUCCGACACCAGUUAUAAAAUUAAAUGAUUUGAUGU